AUGGAUAUCGACGACAUUCUGCGUGAGGUCGACCCAACCUACGAUGCCCUCCCAGAGGAGACGCGAGACCUCCAGAUGUUAACGCGCGCCUGGGUGGCCGAGCGAUCAGCCCCGGAACUCCUCGAUUGGCCAGCCGACGGGCUCUUCGAGCGCAUCAACGCGCGCGUCAAGGCGCAGAUCGAGAAGGUCGAGGAGAUGACGGGCGUCAUGGACCCCAAGACCAACUUUGCGCUCAUCGUGAUCCAGACCGAGCUGGAGCGCUUCAAGUUCCUGGUGCGAUCGUACCUGCGCGCCCGCAUCGCCAAGGUCGACCGCCACGCGCUGCACUACCUCUCGACGCCGGGCCUGCGCGCCCGCCUGUCGCCGACCGAGCUCGCCUACGCGACCCGCCACCAGGCCCUGCUGCACAAUCACUACCUCGGCAGCUUCCUGUCCAGCUUCCCAGCCAACCUGCAGAACCUCAACGACACCAGCGGCAACGUCACCAUGAUCGACACACCCGACGUCGAGUCGGCCGUCUUUGUGCGCCUACUCCGGGAUACCAUGGUGGAGGGGAAAGGCGUCGAUGCUGAUGGGAGACUUGAAGGGAAGACUGGGGAUGUUGUGAUCCUGAGGUGGUCAGACGCGAAGCCUCUUGUCGACUCCACCAAAGCUGAACUCGUCUGA